AUGAAGUGUUCCAUCGCCGGGGCCGCGGGCUCGCUAUUCGCAGCGGUCGUUCUGGCCAGUGCCGGGAACGGCGUCGUGCUGUGGGACAUCCAGAAGCGCCAUGUUGCCCAAGACCCCUCGAAGUUGCAGAGACGUGGGUCGACAUACGAAGAAAUUAUCUCGAACGAAGAGGCUAGAGGCGGGUAUUUCGCGACGUGUCGGCUGGGGACUCCUUCGCAGAGCCUGACGCUGCAACUGGACACUGGCAGCAGCGAUAUCUGGGUGCCCGACUCGAGUGCGGCGGUAUGCAGGGAGACCGAGACCGACUUCGGGGGGUGCAGCCUCGGGACAUUCAAUCCAAACAAGUCAAGCACCUUCGACGUUGUGGGGCCGGGCGAGUUUGAUAUUUCGUACGUAGACGGAAGUUCCUCUAAAGGCGACUACUUUACCGACGAUUUUGAGAUUGGCGGUGCCACGGUGCAGAAUAUGACAAUGGGCUUAGGUAUCACUACCGAUAUCACUUAUGGCCUGGUCGGGGUUGGAUAUGCGAUGAACGAGGCCAUUGUUGGGAACACACAGUCGACCUCGUCCGCUUACCCCAAUCUGCCCGUGAACAUGAUGGACGAGGGACUCAUCAACACCAUUGCUUACAGUCUGUGGUUGAACGAUUUGGAUUCAAGCGCGGGAAACAUUCUCUUUGGCGGCGUCGACACUGAAAAAUACGUUGGCGACCUGACCAGCAUCAAAAUCUACCCAACCAACAAAGUCUUCACGUCAUUUCUAGUAGCAAUGACUUCGCUAGAAGCUUCUAGCCCCAGCGGCAACGACAAUCUUACUUCUCGCGCGUUUCCAAUUCCGGUUGUACUCGACUCUGGCACCACGCUGUCGUACCUCCCCACCGAUCUUGCUAAGGAGGUUUGGAAGGAGGUCGGCGCAAUUUAUUCGCAACAGUUUCAACUGGCUGUCAUCCCCUGCGACAUGGCUAACAGCAAGGGUUACUUUACCUUUGGCUUUGCGGGCCCCGACGGCCCUCGAAUCAAGGUGCGAAUGGACGAGCUGGUUCUCGACCUGACAUCGGGGCGGCCUCCGACUUUCAAGACGGGCAUCUACGCUGGCCAGGACGCCUGCGAGUUUGGUAUCCAAAACUUCACCUCUGCGCCCUACCUUCUUGGCGACACGUUCCUGCGAUCGGCAUAUGUCGUAUAUGACCUGGUCAACAACGAGAUUGGCAUUGCACAAACAGACUUCAAUUCGACGAAGAGCAACAUUAUAGCAUUCGCCAGCAACGGCGCACAGAUUCCCACGGCGACCAUUGCGCCUAACCAGAACGAGGCCACGCAAAGGCCAUCGAUGACCAGCCCAGCCUAUGAUGCUAGUGCCGGGUUUACGAACGGCUCUGCCACCAACAACCCAGCUCCGGGAAUGCCGACGGCCCUGGAAACUUCUCAGAUCUUCGUGCUAGGAAUCUCUACUACGUUUGCGAUGCUAGGCUCUGGCAUAUUCUUGGGGCUUUAG